AUGGAAGAGCAGUACAGGUUUUGGCAGUCUGUGUUUGGGUCGAAUCUACAUGGCAGGUUAUAUUACUUUUCUGUACGCGAGACGAUAGCACUCCGGAGUCGUCCAGAGAUUCCAGUUUCCAACGUUCUGCGCUUGAAGACAUUCUUCGUAAAUUUAGAUGUGGGUGCUCCGGAGCGUCUUGCACCGGAGCUGCACGUGGAUGGUGAAGAGCUGCCAGAAUGGUUUGAUGCAAGCAGCCUACUGUGCUUGAGGGUGCCCAGUGCAUUCGCUGAUCGUGUCAUCAAAGGACAAUGGGCUCAUAUAGCUGUUCCAGAUCCUGCCUUGAACAGUUUGUUCCAUGCAGAAACACGUCAGAGGUGCAGGGUUUUCGGGUGGUCGCACUGUCCGCCUUGCUUGUCCAGCGGAUUUCAGCAGCCUGUUUUCGAGGCAGAGGAUUUGGAGGAACCUUUUACAGCAGAUUCAGCGCACAUGGUUUUGCGGACACUUCAAGACGCAGCGGCGCAGAUUGCACAGCUUCAGCCAGGGAAUCCACAGCAGGCAGCUGUACUUGAGUCUUGUCAGCGAGCUGCACAGUUGAUGCGAGCGCUUCAAGAUGAGCUUGAUCCUGUAAACUUGCAGCAGGGGAUGUUAGAGAUUCGUGGUCGAGUCACAUCCGGAAAGUUGCCUUACAAGGCUCAUUUUCUCAUCAAGUGCAUGCUCAUUAGCUAUCACUUGCGAGAUGCUUCCGAUCUGCGAAAGGUUUUGAAGCAUGCCAUAGAAGCUGUGAUGCCCAAGCGUUUCGCGGAGCCUUUACUUCAACAGUUUUCUGAUCCUUCGAAAGUUCGGGUACCCAGUGCUACCAAGCAAUCACGAACUCGUUUGUCGAUGGAUGCAGCUUUUAUGUUGCAUCGCCGUCAGGUCCACAAGGCUUCAAUGGAUGAUUCUGUCAGGUACAUCAUGGCAGAUUCUUCUGUCCAGGGCCACCAUGACUUUGAACUGAUACGAUGUGUCACGUUGUCUGUGUCCCAAAGUGAUGAAAUGUUUCGGUGUGCUCAAGAGUUGCAUUCUCUGUGGCGGGCUUCCGGUCUUGCAGAGGCCGAUGCACUUGAAGCAGACAUCCAAGAAGCCGUGGCUAAGGAGCGAGAUCUCUUCUCAACUAUCUCGAAAGGUUUGCUGACUCACUUGUUUCCAAGCGUUGUCAUCGGCAGCGGGCACGCGAGCUUGUACCACAAAACCCAUGCAUUGGCCCAUGCCGUGUGGCUGGAAACGGGAGAUUGCCUCUCGAUGGAAGCCUUUUUCAAAACAGUGCUGUGUUUCUGCACAGACCAAGGUGUGGAAGCAUCCUUCAGCAAGGUGCCUCUGCUGGCUGUGCGCACUUUGUUGCCGUGGGCCCCUUUGCCAAAGAACCGGCAAGAUGAACAUGACUGGGCGCCCGCCCCAGACUUGGCUGCGUUGCAUGCAGCAGCCACGAUAGACUUGUCAGGUUCAGUGGGAGUGCCAGGCAUGCUACACAUCAUACACAACUCGACAGUUGAUUUUGGACAUUCCAUGCCGAGAUUUUCUGAAGUUGUCAAUCAGCUGCAGCACCUGUGCAAGUUUUUGCGGAAGCGGGACACAAAACAACGGCUUCUGGAAUCCUGCUUCCAAGACCCUGUGGGACGACAUUUGCAAGCGGAGUUGAGAGCGUUUUCUGCGAAGCUGCACACGGGCCGGUGGGGAUCUAUCGCCGAAUGCGUCAGACAAGUUCUGCAGGUUGAAACAUCCUUGAGGUAUGGCUGGGAUCUUGCAAAGUAUGGCAAUGCGAGGCCACGACUUGCAGGUGAGAGCGAGCACGGAGUCGAUCUGACGAUUGUUGACAGUGCCAUCAACAAUUCAUUUUUUUGGGGUUACGUGCAUAUGUUGCAGAGUCUCACACACAUGGUCCAGUCUGCUUUGGGUUGGUGUGAAUCUUGUGUGUGCCACGGCAGUCUUCCAGUAAACGACCGAACCAAGCAGCUUCAACAGCAGUGGCGCGCAUGCCCACUUCGGGCAUGCCGUGCUCCGGAGCUAGCGGCUGGAGGGUUCAUGCAACUGUUACGGCGUAUCUCAAGCACAUCUGCUGGACACUUGCUUGCGUCCCUUCCCAGAGACCUAGAUCCCCCCGACAGGGCUACCUUGCUGAGCGAAUACGAGAGAGGAAGAUCCCAUUUGCUGUUCGUACUGGGGCUGCGGCUUGAUCAUUGGCGGCAUCCACCUUGGUCCGUGUUCGGGUGUGGGCACAUAGAUCCUCAGAUCAGCAAGGAUUUUCUACGGAGGCACCUUGCCAUCCAAAGUUCUCAUAGCUUGAUUCAGGAGCUGCAGGAGCAGCAGUUGGCAGCACAGGCGCAAGCAUACAUUGAUGGUGAUGGGCAGGGUGAUUCUAGUCUGGCCAGACUUCCCCGGCUCACACGUUUCAUGGCCAAGUUGCUGUUCUGCCCCGUCGCAGAACGACUGGUGGAAGGAGACCAUGCUCAGGUUCACCACCGGAUUGCGUUGGCUCGCAACCAUUCCACUGCCUAUGUCAGCAUGACUCGGAGGAUGCCUGAAAUGCAGACCCUUCUGGAGUCCGAGCCAGACUUCCUGAAGACCUUGGCGGACUUGGUGGAGAAGGUGCACAGUCCACAGCUGGUCGUCAAGGAGUUAGGAUUGGCGGAUCACCCCAGCGUGUCGAGAAUUACGAAUUACAGGGACCCCAUGCAUGGCAAAAUCGUUUACCACGCAGACCCGUUGACUCUGUAUCGAGCAGCUCCGGCCUGGCAGGAUGUUCCCCGCCCACCGCGGCCCCCUCAAGAGGCCAUGGUGCUGCGUCGCAAUGCUGCUGGCGCAAGAGAUGCUGCCAAUGCAGCAGGUUCAGGUGGUUCUGCUUCAGCCAGCAGCGCAGGCUUACCUGCACAGGGCCUGGCGUCAGGAUCCGACCAGCCACGGGCGUUGGCUGACGGCAGCAAGGAAAGUGAUAUGCUAGAGAUGCUCGAGGUCGUGUCUCCCGACGGGGCAGUAGCUGCAGCUCCCUAUCACACAACAUUUUCCCACGCAGUUGAUGACAUCUUCAGAAGUCUUGUUAUUCGUGGUGCUGCGUCCAUGUUGGCAGAUGAUGAUUCUGACAUGACAUUCUGCGUCAAGCUGAACCCUGAUUCUUUGCACUUGCUGUGCAAUCCCGGUGCAUUGCAGGUGGAGGAAGUAGACUACAGCUCGCUGAUUUGUAGCGGUUGGUUGUUUGCGCAGUUGAUCCGGAAAGGUGUCGGCGAUAUUCAUAUACCGCAAGCGCAAAUUUUCAAGCGGUCCGAUUGGGCCGUUGCCCCGCUGCGAGUCUUGGAGUGCAACAAAGCCGAAAGGACAUUCACUGUCGAGUCGUCCCCUGUACAACUGCCUUCUGUCGCAAAGCCUGGCCAGCAAGAUUGCACGAAUGUUGUCUUGCGCUUAGACAGCUUGCCGCUGCAAGCAUUGUUGAAGAUGUGCACUUGGACAAAGCGCCCAGAACUGGUGUACGGUUUACGAGGAUUUUCUGCAGAUGGCGUGUCUGCCGAUGACUUCAAAUGUCUGCCAGCGCUGCUAGCAGAGCUUCUUGCUGCAGGCGGUAUGGAUUUGAAAGGGACGGACAAGGAUUAUAGCCGCAAGCGGUCUCUGUUGUGUGAGCUGAAGGAGCAGGGCUUGGUGCAGAGUGUCGACGAUGGGUCAUGGUGUCUGACAGACGAGGGUCUCAGCAGUGUGGAGAUAGGACGUGUUUUGAGUGACUGCAAACCACUAGUGCGACCCAGAGACAUUCCUUUCCAGGAUAUGGAGUGCGUGGACCUGCUGCUUUCUUUGAACUCUGAUGGUUGGCAGUGUGAGUCAGUCGUUGCGAAGAUGCUUCCGUGCGAAUCUUACGUUCAUGGGGAAUCGCCGAAGGUUUGGUACCACCAGAUUGGCAAGCAAUCCCUGUGUGAUUCUUAUCUGCUGCUCCUGCUCACAGCGCAUGAACACAAGCAACCUGUGCCACACUUGAAGCCACAGUCUGUGUAUGACCAGAUGCUUGGGAAACCAACCAAAGCUCAAACCCGAAAAAGAGCGGCCAGCAUUGUUUUUCUGCAGGACCCAGAAGUGUGGGUUGACGAGUCUGCGUUGUUGCCCUUGCCGAAGAAGCGUGCGCCCCGUGACAACCGUGCACGUGCAGGCCCUGGCCAGGAUGCGUUGCUGGACGAUUUUCCGGAACUUGACACAGUUCUGGAGCACCCUGCAAUCGAAGAUGCCGAGGACGAAGGUGAAGACGAGAAUCUGUGUGCUGAUGCUUCCUUUGCGGCAUCAGAUCCCGGUGACAAUGAGGAUGGCAAAUCACAUGCGGUCAUCCUGGCCAUCGGCCAGAGCAAGCUAGUGCUGCUUGCACAAAAACGCGGUCCAAUGCCAUAG